GCACCGUUCGCUCCAGUCCAGGAUAAAUAAAGGCAGCUAGGAGGAUGUGGGGGGGAAAGAGAGAUGUAGGCGCUUGCGGACGGAGCAUGAUGUUGAGGCGACUCUCGCUUGCCGAGUCUCGGCUCUGAGGAUUACAGACACUCUUGCAUCUGUUCCCUUGUCACUCCACCAUUCCAUCACUCCCUGGAGGAUGCCCAGUUCUGGUUGCUCUUCUCCUUCUGACAGGACUACUGCACUUUACUCGCUGUUUGGUGCCCGUGUCCGACUCUUAGAAGAGAUCACAGGCUGCUUAGGCUGCUGAAACUCAUGGAGCACGAGCCCCGACUUUGGUAGACGUUUCCACUUCUUCGUCCCCCCUCUUUCUCUGCCUUGGCAUUCUAAUUUUUUAUUUUUUUGCCAGGCAAAGACAUAAAGAGGCACUGGCAGUUCUCCAACUCCAUGUAUUUCUGACUCGUUUGAGGCUGCGAUAGUCGGCAUCUGACAAAGAGAUGACCCAAGAACAGUUCACUCAUAGGAACAAUGUCCAGAGCACCGAGAAACCUCACGUGUACAAAGUGGGCAUCUACGGCUGGCGGAAACGUUGCCUUUACUUUUUCGUCCUCCUUCUCAUGAUCCUCAUCCUGGUCAACCUCGCGCUCACUAUCUGGAUCCUCAAGGUCAUGAACUUCACCAUAGAUGGCAUGGGUCACUUGAGAAUCACAGACAGAGGUCUGAAACUGGAAGGCGACUCCGAGUUUCUCCAGCCUCUGUAUGCCAAAGAAAUCCAGUCCAGAUCGGGCAGUCCACUUUUCCUGCAAUCAUCAAAAAAUGUCUCAGUCAACAUCCUCAAUGGGAAAAACCAACUGGUGUCACAGCUAGUUGCAGGUUCUCACGGAGUUCACACACGGGGCAGGAUGCUUGAGGUGAAGUCAAGCACAGGAAAGCUGCUUUUCUCGGCUGACGACCACGAGGUGGUGGUGGGAGCGGAGAGAUUACGAGUCCUGGGGGCAGAAGGUGCGGUCUUUAGUAACUCGGUGGAGACGCCACACGUCAGAGCGGAGCCCUUCAAAGAGCUGCGGUUGGAGUCUCCGACGCGUUCCCUGUACAUGGAGGCUCCUAAAGGCGUGCACAUUCAAGCCGAAGCAGGUGACAUCCAAGCCACCUGCAGAAGCGACCUGCGUCUGGAGUCUAAAGAUGGAGAGAUCACUCUGGAUGCUAAGAAGAUCAAGCUCCUCCGUCUGCCCGAAGGAAAAGCGUCUCCCUCAGCCACCAGACAGACUGUGUUCGAGGUGUGCGUCUGUCCCAACGGGAAGCUCUUCUUAUCACAAGCAGGAACAGCGUCCACCUGCCAGAUCAGCAACAACGUCUGCCUCUAAACACUCUAUAAAGUCAUACAGUACGCACACAUACGCCCACAAAGCUACACACACCUGCAUACACCCACACACACACAAACACACACACACACAGGUUGAUCAUUUUACCCCCAAAAACUGCAGAUUUGUUUAUAUGAAGAUCACAACGACGUUCUGUAAAGAGUCGCGUCGCCUCCUUUAGCGCCCAAAACACAAAAAACAAACAAACAGCAGAAAAGCAUCACCAACGUGCGCUCUCGCAUCGUGCAUUCAGUUUUUCAUUCUUGAGUAAGUGAAUGAAGUGGAUUUUUUCAUCCAGAUAUAAAGAAACAUACCGUGUUUUUAGUUUUGAGGUCACUUCAUGCUUGUUAUUUUUUGCUCCUCGUUUUUCUUCAAUUGCAAUAUCGUCCAGUCGAGGAACAUCGAUUCUGAAACGUGAAACGGGACACUCUGGACCGGUGAUGGCGUCCUUCAUUCCCACAAUCCUUCCCAUCCUUUCUUCCCUCCCCGAAAAAUAAAUAAAGAAUUUGAGAAUUAACAAAAUCAAAAACUGUGCUUGCACCGGGACUGACCUGAUGCACGCUCUCUGUUCAAAGAGGAGAACAGUGCCUGUGCCUUAGCUCAAUGCACUCGUGGAAAGAAGAAGCACAUCUCACUGACCUUUUACUUUAAAAAGAAAAAAACAAAUGAAAAAAAAAAACUGGAUUUUGGGGUUCAUUUCAUUUUUUUGUUCCCCUGAUUUUUAUUUUUCAGUACAAGAAAAAAAAAAUAAACUAAAAGAAUGCAAAGGAUUCAACAGACAAUGACGCCAACUACGUCUGAUUACUGAGGCUUUACUUCUUUACAAGAUUAUAUUUCUCUAAAAAGAAAAAUGCUCAUUUUUAUUUUAUUCUUAUUUCUAAAUUGCCAGAUUUCCCCUUCUGUAAAUUCUCCUAAUUGGCAAAGUAUUAAGAAUUUCUUCUUUUUUUUUUUAAAUAAAUAAAUUAAUUAACUAAUCAUUAUACAUUCAAUAGAAAAAAUUCGGCCUUUGCAUUUAUUAUUAGAUGUGUGUGUGUGUGUGUGUGUGUGUGUGUGUGUGUGUGUGUUGGGGAAAUGAAAAGGUUCUACCACUAGGUUUUAUGUAUUUUAUUCUACUCUUGAUCUUUUAUGAUAACACCAAUAAACAAACCAGGAAGGUGAACCAAAAACAAAAAGAGAGAGAGGGAGAGAGAGAGAGAGGGAGAGAGGGAGAGAGGGAGAGAGAGAGAGAGAGGGGCCUGAACAACUUUCGGUAUCUUACAGUGUGAUCUUGCCGGUUGUUGCAGCUCUAAUGCAUACAAUGUGCAGCUUCCUGCUCUAAGGAUCCACUAAAUUGUUUAUCAUGCUCAUCCGUGUGUCACAUGGGCAUGUGUGUGUGUGUGUUUGUGUGUGUGUGUGUGUGAGCUCAGAUUGGAAGGGGAAAUAUUAAUUGUUUAUUUAAUUAUUUUUAUUCUUAUAUCAUUUUGUUGCAAUAUUUACUUUCAGGCCUUUAUUUACUAAGAGCCACAAUAAACAUAUAAUAUUUAUAAACUGCAUGUGGAAGAUGUGGACUUACGUCAUCAAAAUAAUGCGUAAACGCAGUAGAAACCGACAAAGCCCUGAAGAACUUAAUUAGGACAAAUUAACGAUGGCAUUGACCAGUUAACGGUGUAACCGACACCCCUUAGGGACAACAACCACAACACAGACGGGAAAGAUGGGAUAUCGUUCUGACCGAGACGUCACUGCGAUGUCAUUGUGUUGUUGCUGCGUCUAUAAAGUUAUUACACCGUUUAUGGUGGCAUGCAACAGGUUAUCAGGGUGUCUGUGUCACGUUCAGAGAAUUUAUUGUCAAUACUGGAACCAAUUCAUCAAACCAUCACUCCUUGAAGAAAAACACUGCGCGUGUUCCGCAGGACACAAUGACAACGUAGUAAUGACUCUGGUUUUGUCCAACAAUCCGGUCUCCUCUGUUAAAAAUCAGGAACUGCUUUGUAAAUUUGACUUCUAGGUCUAAAGACACAUCCAUUCUGAUCUGCACUGCUAAAGAUCUUAACAUCUUAAAUGAAAUAUUCUUGAAUUUAUUCAAACCUAAUUAUAAUUUCCUUAAAUAUCAAAAAAAAAAAAAAAAACCUUAAAAGAAGGAAAACAACUAAUCAUUGUCAUGGCAACAAAUAUUGGUGCGUACAUCAUGAUAAUAAAAUUAUAGGGGGUGGAUUAGUUUUCUGCGUACAUUAUUGUAAAGUUCCUCUAAAUAAAAACUCUGCUGAAAUACAGUUAGCAUCUUACAUUCAGGAAUGAUGCUUAUAUUCGGAGAAAUCACUGCUGCGUGCUUGAGUAAUAAUUACAGAACAUUUCAGGUUUUUCUACUAAGGCAUAAUUUAGAUCAACAUUCUAAUUAUUAUUAUCGUCAUUUAGUCAAUUGUACAGUUUUGUCCCCAAAAAGCAAGAACAGGCUUCUACAAAUUUAAAAACGAUUCAUACCGCGCACAUAAUCGCCGUUCCAAAAGUAUGAAGAAAGAAUCGCUGUACUGUAUAUUCACUCCACUCGGGAUCUCAGUAAAUCAGCUUUCCAGGUUAAACGUUUAAUACAUUAUCAAGUGUAGAGACAUCCUUUUAGUAAAUCAAGGCCUUACUGUUUGGUUUUAAUUCUUUAUUUCCUUUUUGAAAUGAUUUAUUAUAACUAAUUUUGAAUGCUUGUCGGUAGUGCUGGUCAGGUGGGUUGCAAAGUUUUAAUCGAAACCACUCUGCAAGUUUUCAUGGUGUAGUUUUUUUUUUUUUUCUUAGUUCUUGUUUAAUUUGAUCAAUUAUUAGUUUAUAUUCAAUUAUGUUGCAAAAAUACUUAAUUACAAUAAUGUUUAAUAAAGCACCUGGCUAAAGGGGAAAAAAUAACUUACACUUUUCUUUACGAUAUUGUAAUAUGAUUUGAAUUUUAAUCCUCUCAUCGAUACAUGUCUAACUUUCUCCAGAAUAUAUAAGACAGGAUUGUGUGUAAUUUGAUGAUGAUGAUUAUUUAGAGAAUACUAUUUUAAAAAGUUUUUUUUUAAAUGUAAUAUUAUUUACAAAGCAGGUAAAAUAAUCUAAUUAUUUUUUACAUUUUAAAUUAUUUUUCUUUCUCAAUAUUAAUGAAUUUAUGAUUGCUUCAUUUUAUUUUGAUGUUUAUUUUGAUGACUGCCUUUUUUAAUUAACACACCAAUUAACAAUUGGUAAUAUUUUUACAUCGUUUAUUGGCAUUUCAGGAUCAAAGAUUUUGCAUUUAGGUGUGUCAUAGCAAGUCACACCGAGUUUCCAAUUCUGAAAGAGGCAAUUUACUCAAAAAUUAAAAAAUAAUAAAUGAGUAUUAUUAUUAUUAUUAUUAUUAUUAUUAUUUAUAUAAUAAUAAUAAUAAUAAUAAUAAUAAUAAUAAUAAUAAUAACCAACUAAAUAAAGAUCUACAUGCGGAAAGUAAUUAAGUCUCAUAAAAAAAAAAAGUUACAAAAUUAUAAUCCACAUUGUCCAGAGCAUAAAGUGAUAUAAAGUGUUUUGCAGAAGAAAAGCUCGAGUCAUGUGUCUUGCGUAUUGCUGUGCGGGCUUCGUGGGAUUUACAAACAUUUAGCCCAAGAAAUAUCACCAGGUCCAUAAUGAUUCGGCAAAAAGAACUCAGGUCUAUAAUUGUCCAAUCAAAAUGCCAUAAUGUAUCAUGUGACUUUCUGUAAAAAUGUCAACCAUGAAGCUUGGACAGCAUUGCAUGCAUGAGAAAAACACACACACACACACAAGUACAGGAAAGCAAAGUCCUUUCUUUAAUGCAGCAAUAGAAAAAUAUUAAUGCUGGUAAUUGUGUUUAAAAUUUCCCAUCUGAUAUGAAGAAUUACUGAUUGAUGAUGAGUUUGAUUUCCUUUUAUUUGGGGCAUAAAUUCUCUGUUUCACGACCUUUCAAACGCACUGCGGCUGAAACUUUAAAUGACAAUGAGCUCCUGUCCCACAUGCACUUUGGUGGAUGUGCACGUUUUCUAACCAAUCAGAAUACAGGAAAUGGGACCGGGCCCAGGAGCCAAACCAGAGGAGGGGCCAAAGUGAUUUGGCCUCAUUCUUUAAUUAUUUUUCGUUGUUGCCUAGAAUAAGGUCAUACAGGUGAAAAAUAUUGAUGCACAUUUAUAGACAAAAAAAAAAGAUGUAAGAGAUGUUUCUUGCUUUCUCAUAUUGUGUUUGCAUACACACAUUUGAUACCCAUGUAAAUGUCCAAUAUGGGGUAAAAAGUGAAUUUUCAGCUCUUUGGAGUCCCAGUGAACAUUAACACGCUCCCGGUACAAAAAUCAAUCCGUAAUUAUCGUGACCCAUGAAAGUUCAGUAGUGUUGUUUUUGAGACUUAAGUACUUCUUGCAUUGCAGAUCUUCAAAGGAACAUAACGCGCCUGGUGUAAUUAUGAUCGUCCGCUCAUGUGCUGAGUAAAUAUAACAGAAAUAAAGCCUGGCAGUUAUUAUUAUUAUUACGGAGUUAUGCACAGCGCCGAAGCCCCGAGCGAUCGGCUUCACCCGAGUCGUUUAGGAGGCGAGACGUACAGAAACACAGGACUCUUUAGGGAGCGAAGACAAACAGGAAAACAAUUCAUUUACUUUUCAUUUUCAGGGGUAAUGAAAAACGUGGUAAUGUGGUGUGUCUAGGGUGUGUGUGAGGUCGUUUGUGUGUUUGUGUUUGAUUACUGCAUUGCUGCAAUAAAAAAAAGAAAGAAAGAAAAAAAAAGGAAAAAAAAAGCAAUCCCGCUGCAUGAGAUAAAAUCCAAAUCGUAGCAAACUGGAAGCAGGCGGGUCCCAUUUUUCAAUAAUUUUAAUCAUGUGUGGAAGAUUAGCUUUUUCUUCUUCUUCUUUCUCUUUUCCUCUUUGCUAACACGGUUGCUUAUGUUGUUAAUGAGAAGUCGUUUGAUAAGCAGGACUUUAAUUUUCCUUCAUUAUUUUUUUAAUUAAGACAAAGUAACUGAUUGAGGAGAAAGAUUCGGAGUGGUCAUGAAUGCAUUUAGCAUGAUUAAGUUCUUUCAUUACUUAUUCAUUGUGUUUUUCUUUUUCUUUACUUACAGUUUUUAGCAUCUGAAGAAGUUCCCUCCUUAAAAAUGUCUUUUUUUUUAUCACGUGGUUAUUCAACACAGACAUAAUUUAAUAUUAGUGUUAUAAUAAAUUUAUUUUUCACACGUGUUACAAGUUAAAUUCUGGAGUUUGUUACUUGGUCGGAUCCGCUGAUGUUCAUAAUGUCCCCUCUGAAACAUAUAUUAAACUGGUUUGGCCCAUUUUUUGUGAAAACUGAAA